UUAGACAUAACCGGAAGUAAAUACAAGUACAGCACAAAUAGAGGAAGCUAACUGGCCGAUGAUAAUCGGUUUUCGUCGUUUAAAAACAGUCUACAUUCCGUCAUCAAACAUCUGUGUUAAACCAUUUCUUAGUAGGAUCGCACCAAAACUUCGUCAAGAUGGGAGGCGGCGAUCUCAAUUUGAAGAAGAGCUGGCACCCCCAGACUAUGAAAAACAUAGAAAGGGUCUGGAAAGCCGAGCAGAAACACGAGGCGGAGGUGAAGAAGAUCGAGGAGCUCCAGAAGGAGCUGAAGGACGAGCGAGCCAGAGAAGAAAUCACCAAGUUUGCUCAAGAGACCGGAGCUCUCAAGAAAAAGGAUGACCGCUUGGACUGGAUGUACCAGGGGCCAGCCGGCCAGGUGUCCAGAGAUGAGUAUCUGAUGGGACGUCCCAUCGACAAGCAGAUCACAGAGCAGUUCGAGGAGCCCGAGAGCGGCCCGUCCACCCAGACCGGCCUGUUGCCCGGCUCCAUCUUCAACCCCACCACCCCCGCCUCCACCCUCGACCUGCAGGCCAAGAUCAGGGAAGACCCGCUCUUUGAAAUCAGGAAACGAGAAGAGGAGAAGAAGAGGGAAGUCUUGACUAAUCCAGUGAAAAUGAAGAAAAUUAAAGCAAUGCUGCGAGAGAAUCUGGAAAUGGAGAAGAAGAAGAAAAAGAAGAAGGAUAAGAAGGAAAGGAGAGCAGACAAGGAAAGGAAGAAGGAGAAGAAACACAAACGAAGGACCACGAGUUCGAGCUCUGAGGAGGAGGAAGUCCACAGAAAACAUGGAUCACAUUCCAAAAAAGAGAAAUCCCGACACACUGACAGGCCCAACUCCCAGAAUAUUCCCGGCUAUGGACUUCUAUUACCAGCCAGUGGACCUCACCAGCCCCCGGCUCCCUCUUCCCAACCGGGCCGUCGGGAGAGAAGCAGGUCCCGGUCUCCCAAACGGAACGGCACGGAAAACCACUCCUCCCACCACCACUCUGACAGCAAGGUCUACCGCAGACCUGCUAGCCCGCAGAAGGAGCGGUACCAGAGACAGAAGAGCCAUCGGUCCAAGCAACUCUCGGCUGAGGAGCUAGAGAACAAAAGGCUGGAGAUGAUGGGCUUUGCUAAGCAGAGGGAUGAAGAGAGGAUGGACAAUGUGAAGAGAUACAAGAAGCAAGAGGAGCAGGAGAAGGAACAGGAACAAAGUGUCAAGCAUGUCCGCCAUGCUGGAUUCAUUCACAACAUGAAGCUGGAGAGCGCAGCCACCUCCUCACUGGAGGACCGAGUGAAGAGGAACAUCCACUCCAUUCAGCGCACCAAAGUGUCUCUGGAGAAGAACUUCAUGAGGAGAUGAUGAACACACAGAAAAUAUGACCGUCAUUCAUUAGCGGUAGAACGGUCUUUGGGAGAGGGCAUUGCUGACUGCGUUAGAACAGUGUUAGGAUGGGGAGCACUCCUGUGAUUGCAGUCUUGGGUUUCACCCGAGCAGUGUGUAGCUCCAGGGCCACCAAUGGUUAUUUUCAAGUGCUAGAAGGCUGUUUCUUCUGUCACCUGUGACCUCAAUUUUGUACAGUAUAUUGUUCGACAGUGUAUAUAUUGUUUUGGUUUUAGGAUUUGGAUCAUGCAGAUUUUGUCAUGCAUAUUUUGUCAAUCUGUUUCUGAAUCGAUGUACUCCUAAGAGUGAUUUUAUUAAACAGAUUAACUUUGUGUAAA